AUGGUCCAGGCCGUUGCCAAUGCCCUUUCAGCGGCCCCGUCGCCGCCCUUUCAGUGGCCCCGUCGCCGCCCUUCCGCGGCCCCGACGCCGCCCUUCCGCGGCCCCGUAGCCGCCCUUCCACGCCCCCCCUUUGUCGCCGCCCUCCAGCGGCCCCAUCGCCGCCCUUCCGCGGGUUCGUCGCCGCCCUUUCAGCGGCCCCGUCGCCGCCCUCUCAGCGGGCCCCGUUGCCGGCCGCCCUUUCAGCGGCCCCGUCGCCGCCCUUCCGCGGCCCCGUCGCUGCCCUUCAGCGGCCCCGGCGCCGCCCUUCCGCGACCCAGUCGCCGCCCUUUCAGCGGCCCGUCGCCACCCUUUCAGCGGCCCGUCGCUGCCCUUUUAGCGGCCGCGUCGCUGCCCUUCCACGGCCCCGUCGCCGCUCAGCCGCCCAACGCCCGAACCGCCGAGCAGCCCACCCGCCGAGCAGCCGAGCCGCCGAGCAGCCGAGCAGCCGAGCCGCCCGACCGCCGAGCCGCCCUUGUUCUCACCUUUGACGCUGAGGGUUGGGCAGGUGACUUUGAGGUGUGGGUAGAUGAUCUGCAGCUUUUCCUACAGUGCGACAGGGCAGACGGUCUCUCCCUGUUUAACCUCACUUCUGGUGCCUCUCUUGCCCCUGCUGCUGAUGCUCACGCCAUUGUUCGCUCACAGUGGGCCACGCGCGAUGCUGCUGCUCGCCUUGCUAUCACUCUCUACUACAUAGUCACCCGGCUCCUUGACUCUCUCCGCGUAGUCUUGGACCACUUCCUCUCAGUUUGCCCCACCACUCUCACCGUUGACCUCCUCAAAAAGGCCCUCCUAGUGGCAGAGAAGAGCAUAGUCGCUAUAGGAGCCUCUCGUGGUGACCCUCGCACCCCCGUCUUUGAGGGGUGUUCUCCCUCCCCCCUCUUGCCCUUUGUUGCCUCUUCUGCUGCGGCUGACCUCGUUGGUUUCGAGUCGGUCGGCGAUGCGUCUGCCCGGAGCGGGAAACGCCGCAUCGGCAAGGGCAAGGGGGGCAAGGGCGCUGGAGGGGCUGGAGGGGGCGGUGGAGGUGGUAGUGGAGGCAGUGGAGGGAGUGGGGGUGGUGGUGGGAGUGGUGCCGGGGGUGGCGGCGGCGGCAGCAGUGGAGGCGGCGGAGGCGGUGGUGGUGGCAGAGGGAGCGGAGGCGGAGGUGGUGGUGGUGGCACAGGGAGCGGAGGCGGCGGAGGUGGCGGAGGAGGCAGAGGUGGCAGAGGAGGCGGAGGUGGAGGAGGCGGCGGCUGUGGCGGCGGUGGCGGCGGUGGUGGAACGGGUCACGACUCUGCGCAGAGGAGAGGCUCCGGUGGUGGUCCGCGCCAGCAGCAGCGGAGUGGUGUGACCCUGUCCCCCCAGCAGCUUCGUGAGUGGUACACUGCGCGUCAGCGCGGUGGGGGUUUUGGUCCCUGCACUUACGUCCUCCGUAUUGGCGACCAAGCUGGUGAGCAAUGCAGAGGCCCGCACUCCACCCAGCGCUGCUUCGGUCGCCUGACAGACGCGUGGCGUCGCCAGUUCCCUGAGGCGUCAGAGAUCCCUCGUUGGGGAGAUCUGUCUAGGGCGGGGGUUGCCGUCUUUGAUCUUGACUAUGAUGCUAUCCUUGCUGCCAUGUAUUGUGUGACUACUAGUGUUGAAGGUGACUAUUAUCUGUGUGUACCGCCUGAGCCGGGCAUUGAGGCCACUGCUCUAGGUGCUGGUGAGGCUGCUGCUCUAGGUGCUAGUGCGUUUGCUGCCCCAGGUGCCAGUGCGUCUACUGCCCCAUGUGACAGUGCGUCUGCUGCCCCAGGUGCUGAUGAGUCUGCUCUCUCAGGUACUACGUCAGCUCAGGCCUUCCACACCUUCACCCUUGACUCGGGUCUCUACCUCCCCUCGUUCUCUACAAACUUGGUGACUGGAGCAGACCUACAGGAUAGGAGGGUUGACCAACUCUCCUUUGGCACCACCGCCUUGGGCACCCCUCCUUGCCUCGUCUCCGAGGCAUGGCCUCCCGUGUCCUUGUCUCUGGGGCGACAGCGCGCCGCCCCUCACUCCUCCUUGUUUCCUCCGACAGAGGCUCUGCUGCAGACUCUCCACAUGGAUGUGAGGGGCCCAGCCCGCGUAAGUGGGCAGGGGCGCGAGCGGAACUUCCUGCUGGUGGUUGACGACUACUCGCGUUACACCACAGUCUUCCCCUUGCGCAGCAAGGGUGACGGAUCUCGGGCAUUUGUCCGCGACUUGUCUGCGGACAAGCUGUCCCCCCGUGCUGUUCCCUUCGUCUUCCUUGGCUUCCCCCCUGACGCGCCUGGGUGGCAGUUUUACCACCCCACCUCGCGUCGUGUUCUGUCCUCCCAGAACGUCACCUUUGACGACUCGGUACCUUACUACCGUCUCUUCCCCUACAGCACUGCGCCCCUCCCCCCGCCGCCGCUCUUUCUUGCACCAGGUCCUCGCCCGGUAGACCACCUCCCCCCUCAGGGUCCUGCCUUGUCAGGUGUGUCCCAGGUAGACGCAGUCGAGCCUGUCGAGGUAGCUGUUGACUGUGGUGCUGCUAGAGGUACUGAGCCUGCAGGUGCGGAGCCUGGGGGUGCUGAGACUGGGGGCGCUGAGUCUGGGGUUGCUAAGCCUGGAGGUGCUGGGUCUGGGGGUACCGAGCCUGGGGGUGCGGAGCCUGGAGGUGCGGAGCCUGGGGGUGCCGAGCCUGGGGGCGCUGGGUCUGCUCGUGUGGCCGCCGGCGGUGCUUCGUCGAGGCGGGAGCCACUCUCUCCACAGGAGCUGCGCGAGUGGUUUGCCCGCCGCUGGAGACAUGUUGCUUCGACUAGGGGUGCUGCUGGGGCUACUAGAGUUGGUCUUGCUGGAGCUGCUGGCAGUACUAGUGCUGCUGGAGCUGGAGCUGCUGGGGGUGUUGGUGCUGGUGUUUCUACUGGCGCUGGUGCAUCUGGGGGUGCUGCUGAGGCUGCUGGAGCUGACGGUCCUCUUGGAGUUGGUGCUACUGGAGCUGGAGCUGCAGGGGGUGUUGGCGCUGGCGGUGCUGCUGGCGCUAGUGCUUCUGAGGGUGUUGGAGUUGGCGCUGUUGGAGCUGGAGGUGCUGCUGGCGCUGGUGCUCCCGCUGGGGGUGCUGGUGCCGUCCUUGCUAGUUCUGGAGAGUCCUCUCUUCCUACUCUUGUUGACCCGGAGUCUGACUCCCUUUGUGCUGCUAGUCCUUCCGUCACGCGUCUCCUUGCUACUGUUCUCACUGACCCUUCCUUUGAGUCCACUGCUGCAUCUACCCUAGUUGCUGAGCUUGUCGACUUCGCUGCUCGCUGUCGUCUAGACUACGUUGCUAGUCUCGUUGCUGAGUCUGAGUCUGUCCGUCCUCCGUCCGUCGAGGGUGGGUGUGCUCUUAGCACGGACGUCCUUGAGGACAAGCAGGAGGAGUUCCAGUGCUUUGCUGCUGCUUUGCCCCAUCUCGUGUCCACGCUGAUUGCCCCUGAGGGAGACCCGAAUGCACCAGACAUCGCGACUCCUCGAUCGUACGCUGAGGCGAUCGAGGGUCCGUACUCCUCUCAGUGGCAGUCAGCCAUGGACGCAGAGAUGGCUUCCUGGAAGUCCACACGCACCUACGUCGCCGAGGUUCCCCCACCUGGGGCAAACAUCGGUAGUGGCAUGUGGAUUUUCAGGGUGAAGCGGCCGCCUGUCUUCAAGGCGCGUUACGUGGCUCGAGGCUUCAGUCAGCGGCAGGGAGUUGACUACUUUCAGACCUUCUCUCCCACCCCGAAGAUGACCACUCUUUGGGUGCUGCUGCACAUAGCCGCUCAGCGCGACUACGAGCUUCACUCUCUUGACUUCAGCACAGCUUUCCUGCAGGGCAGCCUGCACGAGGAGAUCUGGCUGCGCCGCCUACCUGGCUUCACUGGGUCGUUUCCUCCUGGUACCCAGUGGAGCCUCCGGCGGCCAGUCUACGGUCUCCGCCAGGCGCCGCGUAAGUGGUACGACACAUUGAGGACUACUCCUGCGGCUCAAGGGUUUGCUCCGUCUACAGCCGACCCGUCGCUGUUUCUGCACACCGACACCUCUUUGCCGCCGUUCUACAUUCCUGUGUACGUCGACGACUUGGUCUUUGCCACUACUGACACUGCUGGACUCGCCUACGUGAAGUCCGAGCUGCAGAAGAGACACACGUGCACAGACCUGGGUGAACUGCGUAGCUAA